CGGCAUGAUUUCCACACUUCGAUUCGUUCGACAGAUCUCCACUUCACCGCGGGUCCUAAGAGCACUAACAGCUGAGCAGAUUUUUGCUCGGGAAGACAAAUUUGGAUGCCAUAACUAUCAUCCACUACCAGUCGCUCUAUCCAGAGGAGAAGAACCUCCUGAAGGAAGUGCCGUGAAAUUUUGUGGGAUUUAUCUAGACGUCUUCAUCUUAAACACAGCUGCUAUCAAACAAAUGAGACAACUUUCACUAACAUCACGAGCAUUCUUCAACGACGUUCUUGGAGAAUACGAAGAGUUUCUCACAAAGAAGUUCAAAUAUGACAAAGUACUACCUAUGAAUACGGGUGUGGAAGCCUGCGAGUCGGCGGUGAAGCUAGCUCGUCGUUGGGCUUACGACAAAAAGAAGGUCCCUGAAAAUAAAGCCAAGAUGGUUUUUGCCGAGAACAACUUCUGGGGACGGUCGAUUGCUGCAGUAUCGGCAUCAACGGAUCCAGAAUCAUACGGAGGCUUUGGACCAUUUGUACCACUUUUUGAGAAAGUCCCAUAUAACGAUCUCAAGGCUGUUGAGAAAGCCAUUUCCGAUCCUAACACAGCGGGUUUCAUGGUAGAACCAAUUCAAGGUGAAGCCGGUGUGGUAUUGCCGGAUGACGGGGAGUUGCUGACCUGUGCAAAAAAUAUAAUGUUUUAUUCAUUACUGACGAGGUACAAUCAGGGCUUGGCAGAACUGGAUAGCCUAAGCUUCGAGUAAGU